AUGGCUAAUUUGACCAGAACAAGAACAGCCCUCAAACUUAGCCUUGAGGUGGAUUUGCUUGCUCAUAUUUGCUCUUCAAAUUUGGACCGGAUUAGGGAAAAGGGCAACUACAGCCAAACUCAAGUGCCUCUCCACUUUAGAUCGCCCUCACCUCUUUCUCAAGUCGUCUAUCCGUACCGUCCACUUGUGUAUCCAGGCCUGUCAUUCUCUCUCGCCCGUCUCACUCGACCACUCACCGCCACGUCUGAGCCUGGUCGUGGUAACUGGACCCUUGGCGAAAUUAGGAUCAACGGUGAUGGCAAAUAUUUGAGCUGCUUUCAGGCUCAACCUUGUGACAUUAUUAAUAUGUGA